GCCUGCUAUAGCUCAAUCGAGUAAAAUAAUCCUUUAUCAUCAUACCUAUUGUGUAACCUGUAUCAUGCCCUGCAAUUCAGACUUCCUUGAAGCCUGGGUGCAGCGGGGCAAUGACUUACGGAGCAUGACGUGUCCAGUUUCCCGUUUGAGUCCGCCCUUUCUCUAGAACUGGCGACUUAAUACAUCGGCGUCUUUUUUGAGACUUGAAAGUAUUUCUUGAACUCUUACUACAGAUUUGAUUUUAAUGUAGGAGACCCUACUGCAUCGUCAUUUGUCAUGUAGGAGCGGUUUUGAUCAAGGUAAGUGGCGGUAACUCUCCGCCUGUCGUUUUCGGAAAAGAGAUUGAUAUCGGACAUUGCGGCUAAAACAGUGGGCGUAGGCUACAGUGAAAUCGAAACUAAAUACGUUUUCUCGGUUUUUAUUGUAGCUUUAGCAAAGUUUAUUAUUGAACUAGAUAUGAACUUUGUAUGAUUUACAAUGUAUAGCCUAGCUAUAACUUAAGGUCUGGAAAAUAAUUUACCCUCGACAAAUGUAUAGCCGAGGCCCGAUAGGCUAGGGAAAUUAUUUUCCGGGACUUACGUUAUAGCUAGGCUAUGCAUUUUAAAUCAUACAAAGUUCAUAUCUUAUAGCCUAGACAUGGCAGUAAACAAGUUAUUUUUGCACAGCGAACUACUGAUUGAUAUUGACAACAUUUUCUUUGCACUAGAAAAAAGGUCAAGUUAAAUGAUCAAGUAGGCCUAAUGAGUGAAAGCAUUAUGAAGAGAGUUUUGUCACACCUGGUAGCCCACCUCUUCUUUCUGCAGGUGUUGUUCUUUUUAAAGAUGGCGUUAGUGAGAAGAGUGGUGUGAAAGAAUGGACAUCUUGAGAGGGAAAUGGAAGGAAAAAUGCAUUCUGAACGUUUGCACUCUGCUCGUAUUGGUGAGAAACUUUAACAUGAACAGAUGCGUAAUGCCGAGUCCUAUACCAAAAACAUAAUGCCCCAUCUAGUCUUACUUAUCUCUCAGCAAUACAUCAGUCAAAUCAAUCAACCUCCACCAAUCCAUCAAAUUUAUCAAUUAUUCACACCAAUCAAUUGAGUGUUAAUAAAUUAUUCAAUCAGUAAAUAAAUUAGUCAAUCUCAUUUCAGGAAUAGGCCUAUACAGUAGCCUAUCAAUCAGUUAUACAAUAUUUUCUUUAAUUACAUAUGACUGGUAUUUGAUUGGUUCUGUUCUAUAACAACAAGGUAAUGUAAUAUAAUGUUGCAGUGCUGGUCAGUAGACCCCUCCCUCUCGGCACCACCACCACCUCCUGAUAGGACCCAGGUUGAGAGUAACCAUGGAAACCAGGAGUCGCUAUGCCAUGAGGGGAGUCAUUACCGCAUUAACGGGAUAUGCUGUGGAAAGUGCCAUGAAGGUAGGCCUUCUGUACUGUACUAUAUUACACUGCACUUAUACAACUGGGCCUUUCCAUUGCUGAGUGUAACGUAGGUGGAACUUAUACUUUUCCAUGCAUUGAGUUAAAGAUCAAAUCCGCAUUAAGGGUACAGUGCCGCUGUUCGCCCCAGCACAAGGGUAACUACAUGUCCCGGAUUGUGCGGGACAGUCCCUCAUUUUUGCCCUUUGUCCCACGUCCAGCAACCAAACAAUCAUGUCCCUCAUUUAAUCAACAAAUUAAAACACUACUAAUUUAGAAAAAAAGGUCGAUUUGUCACGUAUUUCAUUGACUAACUAUUAAUUUGAUGAGAAUUGACAUUCCAACCUGUCUCUUUUGCAGUCACGUUGCCCUUAUGGCAAUAUAUUAUAUCAUAAGGAUGUGGUGCUGGUGAUGUUAAAGGGGAAAUCUGCAGUAGCUACAUCCAAUUCUUGGACUUAAUUAAUGAUAUGUACCCAUUGAUUUUUUAAAGAAUAUAACUUCGAAAUCCCCCAUGAGCUUAGGUGAACUGUAGUACCCCAUCAGAACCUCAAAUAUAAGCUUGUUUUACUCCAAUGUUUGUAAACAAAGUAAAUGUAUAGCCUCAAAACAUGGUUCAAACUAUAAUUUUGAUAUCAUGGAUGGUCAGUCUUUGCAUAGCUGUCUAUGAAUUUGAGAGUGGUUAAAUUUCUCCAGCCCUAUCCCUCAACUUUUUCCCGCUGCUGAUUGAUGCUUUUAACACUUCUUCAAUGUUGUUGAGAUCUGAUAUUUGGAGCAGCGCAAGAAGAGACGUAGGCCAAUGUCAUAUAUUCAACCAAUCACAUUUGGCAAAUAUUUCCCGGGCUAAAUUCCAGCUAAACUUGGAGAGGACAGUUACCUACCGGUACUUUAAAAAAAGCGUGUGUCUAACGAAGAGCUACAAAAGUUAGUAAAUAGCCGUAUUAGACAAAAAAUAUAAGGUAGUUUUGUCAAACUCUCAGUGCUCAUUAGUUGCUCAUUCAACAUAGUGCCUUCGGAAAGUAUUCAGACUUUUUCCACAUUUUGUUAGGUUACAGCCUUAUUCUAAAAUUGAUUAAAUUGUUUAUUUCCUCAUCAAUCUACACGCAAUACACCAUAAUAGCAAAGCAAAAACAGUUUUUUGAAAUUGUUGGGGGAAACAAAGACUGGAAUAUCACAUUUACUUAAGUACUUAGUACUUUGUAGAAACACCUUUGGCAGCGAUUACAGCCUCGAGUCUUCUUGGGUAUGAUGCUACAAGCUUGGCACACCUGAAUUUUGGGAGUAUCUCCCAUUCUUCACUGCAGAUCCUUUCAAGCUCUGUCAGGUUGGAUGGGGAGCGUUACUGAACAGCUAUUUUCAGGUCUCUCUAGAGAUGUUCGAUCGGGUUCAAGUCCGGGCUCUGGCUGGGCCACUCAAGGACAUUCAGAGACUUGUCCCGAAGCCACUCCUGUGUUGUCUUGGCUGUGUGCUUAGGGUUGUUGACCUGUUGGAAGGUGAACCUUCGCCGUAGUCUGAGGUCCUGAGUGCUCUGGAGCAGAUUUUCAUAAAGAAUCGCUCUGUACUUUGCUCCGUUCAUCUUUCCCUCAAUACUGACUAGUCUCCCAGUCCCUGCCACUGAAAAACAUCCCCACAGCGUGAUGCUGCCACCACAAUGCUUCACCGUAGUGAUGGUGCCAGGUUUCCUCCGGACGUGACGCUUGGCAUUCAGGCCGAAGAGUACAAUCUUGGUUUCAUCAGACCAGAGAAUCUUGUUUGUCAUGGUCUGAGAGUCUUUAGGUGCCUUUUGGCAAACUCCAAGCGGGCUGUCAUGUGCCUUUUACUGAGGAGCGGCUUCCAUCUGGCCACUCUGCCAUAAAGGCCUGAUUGGUGGAGUGCUGCAGAGAUGGUUGUCCUGCUGGAAGGUUCUCCCAUCUCCAUAGAGGAACUCUAUAGCUCUGUCAGAGUGACCAUAGGGUUCUUGGUCACCUCCCUGACCAAGCCCCUUCUCCCCCGAUUGCUCAGUUUGGCCAGGUGGCCAGCUCUAGGAAGAGUCUAUGUGGUUCCAAGCUUCUUCCAUUUAAGAGUGAUGGAGGCCACUGUGUUCUUGGGGACCUUCAAUGCUGCAGACAUUUUUUGGUACCCUUCCCCAGAUCUGUGCCUCGACACAAUCCUGUCUUGGAGCUCUACGGACAAUUCCUGCGACCUCAUGGCUUGGUUUUUGCUCUGACAUGCACUGUCAACUGUGGGACCUUAUAUAGACAGGUGUGCGCCUUUCCAAAUUAUGUCCAAUCAAUUGAAUGUACUACAGGUGGACUCCAAUCAAGUUGUAGAAACAUCUCAAGGAUGAUCAAUGGAAACGGGAUGCACCUGAGCUCAAUUUCGAGUCUCAUAGCAAAGGGUCUGAAUACUUAUGUAAGUAAGGUAUUUCUGUUUUGUAUUUGUAAUACAUUUGCAAAAAUAUCUAAAACUGUUUUUGCUUCAUUAUUAUGGGAUAUUGUAUGUAGAUUGAUGAGGAAUGUAUUAUAUUUAAUCCAUUUUAGAAUAAGGCUGUAACGUAACAAAAUGUGGAAAAAGUCAAGGGGUCUGAAUACUUUCCGAAGGCACUGUAUUUGAUGCUACUUCACUCAAUCCCGUUUUAAAAGUCUCCCUUCUUAACUGUUUUUCCCCUGAGAGGAAUCAGAAAUGUUUCUUUGGCCAAAUAUUCCCAGAUUUUCAUAAAACAGCCGCACAAAUGGUCUUGUUUCUGGAUCACCAAAUUUUGCACAAGGCAAAAGAGUAGGCUACGUGCUCUUCAAUUGGCUCGCUCGGUGCAGCGAGGGGAGAUUUGUGUGCCUGUGCAAUGAUGUCAGAGAGGAAAAAACUAUGUUUGCACUAACUUGGCAGUUUCACCAAUGAAGGAUUCCAGCUUUAAGCAAAAAUCUUAUUUCAAGAUUCUACUCUUAUUGUGUAUAUCUGUCGACCGUUCAGUCCUCUGUCACACGAUAGGCCCUACAUACUGUAUACUAUAUUUGUAUCUCUAGCCUAGUUAUAGCUCUAAUGUAUUACCAGGUUUUACAGUAAAUAAAUAUGCUGGAUUGUGUUGGCCCCCCUUAGAGUAUGUAUGCCUUGUGUUCUCCAGGGUUUAAGCUGAAGGAGCACUGCACUAAAGAGGGCGAGAAUAGCCAAUGUGUCCCCUGUGAAGAGGGCAAGACGUAUCUAGACAGGAGUAACUACGUCAACAACUGCCGCAGUUGUACACGCUGUGUUGGUAAAGUACAAUUAUUUAGAAACAUGUUCAAUUAUUUACAAUAACGUGCAAUUAUUUACAAAAUACAUUUUAAAAAAUGUCAUCACUAUAGAUGGUCUCAAUAUGGUAUGAUAUAUGAUAAUAAAUGUCUCCUGUCUUCUCUCUCUGUUCUGUUCUCCUUGGCUGUGCUGUUCCAUAUGCCUGUAGACAAUGAGACAGAGGUAUCACCAUGCAAGAAGAGUAAGAACAAAGAGUGUCGCUGCAACGAAGGCUUCUACAAAAAGAGAAUAGACUCAGUAACACGGGAGUGCCUCCGUUGCAAGCAAUGUGGACCUGGAGAGAGAAAAACACAGCAAUGUGAGUUUGUCUUGCUAGUGUAGUUCAUAAUGUUUCACAACAUUUUUGCACCCAACCUGAUAUUUACUUAUGGAUUACACAGUAAAAUGGUUAUUACAUAAUAAUGACAACCCUUUUUUUGUUUUGUAGUACUAGUAGUAUUUGUGUGUGUGUGUUUGUGUGUGUAUGACAAAGUUUGUGUGUGCUUGUACUGAGUGUGCAUACUGUUGUUGACAGGUACUCCAGAGAGUGACACAGUGUGUGAAUGUAAGGACUUCUACUUCCGAAACAACAGGAUCUGUCUUCAAUGCAAAGAGUGAGUACUGGCUUGUGAACAAGCUGACACUCUUUUGUCUGUUAAAACUCUUGGGUUUGUCGGCUUUAUAAACAUUCUGCUUGUAAAUGGGAAGUUUCAUAGAAACUGUCUGCAACAUUGUGCAACAAACUUCUUUCCAUUGGUGAGUUAAAAAGGCAGAAGUAUUUUGCCAGUAUUUUGACAUGUCAGCUGUUUUGUGGUCACACCAACCCUGGUCCUGGAGACAUACAGUCUGUUACUAUGUAAGAUUGAUUGGAGAAGGUCUGCAUCUCCAGGCUUUAGUUCCAGCCCAGCACACCUGAUUCACCCUAAUCUACUGCUUAUCAAGACCUUAGGCAGGUGACCACUGAUAAAGCGCUGGUAACUGUCUCUUUCAGUGUUCUGUCUUUCCAGAGGGGGGUAUGCUGCAACAGGAAGGCCUGACUGGUUCUUCACAUGAUUCAACACUAAUCAUUUCCUCUUCACAAACAGGCCACUUCCUCUUCAAUAACAUACCAUUUCCUGUGUGUAUCUUCUCUCCAGUUGUAUAUCAGCUGACUGCCAGCAGGAGUGUGCUUCAAGCACACAUCCCAAUCCCAAUGCAAAACGUGAGUUUCUUAUACUUUGUGGCUGGGUUCAGGCUAGAAACAUAGUUUGUUUAUUUAGUGGGUCACAAUAUACUUUGAAACUUUUUUUUGUUAUGCUUAAAUAUAUUGGAACUAGACUAUUUCUUUAGUGGCCUUUUCACAUUUGCCAUAAGGGCUGCAGCAUGUAUUCAUCCUCUCACUCUGCAUGUCUUCCCCCCCCUAUCCAGCCCAAGACACUGGAUGGGGUGUUUGGUCUACCUACCUGUUGGCUGUGUUUGGCUGUGUUUGUGUGGUGCUACUGGUGGUGGUGGUUAUCAUGGGCGUACUAGUGGUCCGAUGGAAACUGAAGGGGUCGAGCUCCUUCCCCUCUGCUGAGAUCACCUCUCAGGGCUCUGAGAAGUCUACUCGGGUGAGACACAUCUCUGACCUCUCACCUUUGACCCCUGACAUCUCACAUUUCACCUGACUGGACAAACCCAAUCUGAUAAAAACCUUUAAAGGGUUUUAUGGAGAAAAAAUAGAUACCAUUUCAACUACUGUUUUGAACACCCAAGAGCAUUUAUAGACUGUUUGCACCAUAGUGCCAGGGAGCAAACCAAUAGGAUUUCCUAUAUUGAUUGUGCUGUGCCCCCUGGUUUAGGAUGUACUGGUAGCGGAUGCAGUUCUAUAUAGUAGAAUUCUGAUGUUUUCCAUUUUCUGUGAUUGUAGAUGCUGAUCCAAGAGGACCCAGAGAACAUUCUCAACCAGAGUAUCCCUUCAUGUAGCCCAGUGUGUGAGUGUGAACAGGAGCCCCUCAGCAAGCUACCAGACUGUGUCCCCAAGGAGAUCAAGAGUAAGUGCAUGUGCAUAUGAACGUGUGGGUGCACAUGUUUCCCUAACUUAUCAGGACUAGAAUGUCCUGACAAGGUAGGAAAACAAGAAAAGUGAGGAUUUUUUUAAGGGUUGGGUUUAGGUUUGGUUAAGGGUUAGGAUUUUGAAUGGAAAUACAUUUUUGCUCCCCAAAAAGUCCUGACAAUUCAUGAAAACAAAGGUGUAUGUAUGUGUGUGUUGAAACGUGAACAUUCUUUUUAUAUACACUACAUGGCCAAAAGUAUGUGGACAGCUGCUCAUCGAACAUCUCAUUCCACUAGAGUUGGUCCCUCCUUUGCUGCUAUAACAGCCUCCAAUCUUCUGGAAAGGUUUUCCACUAGAUGUUGGGACAUUGCUGCGGGGACUUGCUUCCAUUCAGCCACAAGCAUUAGUGACGUUGGGCACUGAUGUUGGGCAAUUAGGCCUGGCUUGCAGUCGGCGUUCCAAUUCCUCCCAAAGGUGUUCAAUGGGGUUGAGAUCAGGGUUCUGUGCAGGCCAGUCAAGUUCUUCCACACUGAUCUAGACAAACCAUUUCUGUAUGGACCUCGCUUUGUGCACGGGGUCAUUGUCAUGCUGAAACAGGAAAGGGCCUUCCCCAAACUGUUGCCACAAAGUUGGAAACACAGAAUCGUGUAGAAUGUCAUUGUAUGUUGUAGCUUUAAGAUUUCCCUUCACUGGAACUAAGGGGCCAAGACCGACCCAUGAAAAACAGCCCCAGACCAUUAUUCCUCCACCAUACCUUACAGUUGGCACUAUUCCUUCGGGCAAGUAGCGUCCAACAAACCCAGAUUCGUCCGUCGGACUGCCAGAUAGUGAAGCGUGAUUCAUCACUCCAGAGAACGCGUUUCCACUGCUCCAGAGUCCAAUGGCGGAGAGCUUUACACCACUCCAGCCGACGCUUGGCAUUGCACAUGGUGAUCUUAGGCUUGUGUGCGGCUGCUCGGCCAUGGAAACCCAUUUCAUGAAGCUCCCGACGAACAGUUCUUGUGCUGACGUUGCUUCCAGAGGCAGUUUGGAACUCGGUAGUGAGUGUUGCAGCUGACGACAGACUGUUUUUACGCGCUUCAGCACUCGGCGGUCCCGUUCUGUGAGCUUGUGUGGCCUAUCACUUCGCGGCUGAGCCAUUGUUGCUCCUAGACGUUUCCACUUCACAAUAACAGCACUUACAGUUGACCUGGGCAGCUCUAGCAGGGCAGAAAUUUGACGAACUGACUUGUUGGAAAGGUGGCAUCCUAUGACGGUGCCAGGUGGUCACUGAGCUCUUCAGUACGGGCCAUUCUACUGCCAAUGUUUGUCUAUGGAGAUUACAUGGCUGUGUGGCCGAAUUUUUUUUUUUUUAUACACCGUCAGCAACCGGUGUGGCUGAAAUAGACAAAUCCACUAAUUUGAAGGGGUGUCCACAUACAUGUAGUGUAUAUUGAACUCUAUUUUAAUCUCUCUCCCCUCCUAUCACCUCUCUCUGUUCCUUUCUCCCUCCAGUCUCUGAGUUGAUCUACUCGGUGUUGGACCAAGUCUCCCCGCGUCGUGUGAAGGAGCUGGUGCGUUCGCUGGGUGUGAGUGACAUAGUGAUAGAGCGGGCUGAGAAUGACCACCUCCGUGACACUAAGGAAGCCCAGUACCAGAUGCUGAGUGUCUGGGCUAAGGGAAGGGCGCAGGGAGGGGGAGGGGUGCUAGCACGCCCUCUACUGCACGACCUGCUGGAUAAGCUGAGAGACAUGGACCUGGGAGGGACUGCAGAGGAGCUGGAGACCAAGUAUGGGGAUCAGUAGAGAGAGAGAGAGAUGCAGACUGUAUAGACCAAGUAGGGGACCCAGGUUUCACUUCUCUAUGUCUUAUCAAAAGAGAAACCGAGCGGGACCAAGUCUAUUCAUCAUAUGUAUAGGAUAACUAGGAGAGCGAGAGAUGGGGGAGGUGCUAAUGGGGAGAGAGAAGGUCAGACGCAUCCCCUUGUCCUUACUUGUGUAGACCUGAGAGAAUAGAUUUGGUACAGUUUAAGCAAUAUGGUAGUUGUUCCACCUGGUCCAGAUCUGACCAUGUUUCCAUGCUUUCACAAUAUUUCCUAAGUAUAAUAU